CUUACGUAUAAAAUACAAGAAACAUACAAGUAAAAGGAAUCGAAGCGGCAGCUAUCGGAACCCGACUUUGUAAAAUUUGACCCUUUUAUCUCAAACCCUACAUAGAGUUCACGCAUUUGGCAUGACCCACAAAAUACGCAAUUUCCCUGUAAAAACUCAAUGUAAUUAAUUGUAAUGAAGCACAAUUGAGGAGACAAUUUCUGCAAUUGUGAAAACUGUUUGAAAGUGGGUGUGAAAUUCAAUUCAUUACAUUCAGUUUUCUGCAUCCCAGCUGGCGAUAUCUCUGGCAGUUUGGUUGCAAGGAGCACAAGGACAUUUGGUGGUACAUUUGCAUGGAUUCACAAAAGCCGCACAACACAUCUAUCACCAGUGCUAGUGAGAAUGUUAUAAUGAAUUCUUGUGGUGCAAAUAUCUCAACCUCACAGUGGUGUUUCUCAGCUAUUUGGAAACGUCAUGCAUCUGGAUGCCUUAGAACAGUGAUUACAAAACUUAAUGAAAGGAUCUGCAUAUGCUAAUUGUAUUGAUACCUUUCGUUGAUCGGUAGUUUCUGCUGGAGACUGGAAACUGAUGGACUUUUUGGAUAUCUUAAACACUGGAAACCUAAGUACGAUGUCACUGACUCCAGUUGGGGACUUUUCAUAUAUUUCUACUAUCAUCCCCAGUGCUAUACCCCAAGAUCCUGUUGAUGUGUUUCAUUGAUCGGUAGUUUCUGCUGGAGACUGGAAAAUGGACUUUUCCGAUACCUUAAACACUGGAAACCUAAGUCCAAUGUCACCGACUCCAGUUGGGGACUUUUCAUAUAUUUCUACUAUCAUCCCCAGUGCUAUACCCCAAGAUCCUGUUGAUGUGAACAGAACAUUUCUAGCUUUUAGCAGACCUAGCAUAGUAGAUGCCAAUGAUGAGGCUUAUCUCAAUCCACGAGUGUUAAAUAACAGACACCAAUCCCAGCAGAAAAUUGGAGUUGUUUCCAUGGAUACUCCUCAUUGGACAAUGCCUAUAAAAGCUGGGGUUUAUCAUGGAGUUGGUAGUGCUAUUGGUCAUCCUAUUAAUGCAUUUCAGGUAAAAGAUAAUCAAGUAAAUGGAGCUCCAAAUGGUCAUAUGCUUUUUUGUGGGAAUGGUCAAACAUGUGAUACAAUGAGGACUAAAAUGGAGAAGAAACCAAUAUUAUGUGCGGACAGAAGCACAAGCACCAGAAUGCAAUGGACAGGAAAUGAUUUGCAUCCGCAUGCUCCACUGUGUGGUAAAAUGCCACUGUCUAUGAAGUAUUAUCCCAAUAGCUCGCACCAACAAAAAAUUGCACAAUCUGAUAUUUCCAGCAAGGGAAACUCCUAUAAUCAUACAUCAUCUGGUGGACCUGCAGAUAGCAGAAAUUCUUGUCAGAAAUCUAUAGGUUGGCAUUCAUCAAAGAUUAUACGUUCUCAACAAAUAUACCUGCAGCAACAACAAGCUUUUGAAAAGCAGCAACCAUAUCUACAACUGUAUCAACAGCCCCAUCUACAACCAUAUCAGAGAGAACAAAAAAACAGUUCACAGCAGCAUCAGCAACGGUGGCAAUCUUGUCAGCAGCAAAAUAGCCAUCCUCAACUUGGGUAUCAACAUCUACAAAAUCAUCCACAACAAUCAUUAUUGAAUAAUAAUGGAAUAAAGCCGGCUCAUACAUCUAAACUGUUGUGGGGGAAACAUACCUCUGAUUUGUCCAACCAAGAACCACUACACCAAGAAUAUCGGGGUCUUUUGCAACCACAAACUAAAGAAAUGAUACAGCCAGGAAAUUUACCAACAGCUAGUGAAUCUCGAGGGCAGUGGUUGGAUCAAAAUACCCAGAAUAAGCAGUUUCAUUUGCAACACAAUCAGAAUCUGCAACAUUCACAACCUUUAAUACCUGGGGGACAAUUGCAAAUCCAAUCACAAAAUGAUUCUGUUGGCUUUCCUUCUGAAGUUCAGCAAAAGGAUGGUCUGCAGGACCAACAAGAAUCAAAACCACAAGAGAAAAAUCUAUUCUUGCAUCAAAUUCAAUGCUUGGAAAAGCAGAUAGAGGUAGAUAAACAUUUUAUAAAUAUGGAUCAAAUGAACAGGCAUCAACAUUCUUGGCCACAGUUGCCACCUAAUGAUGAGCUUAUUGCAACCCUAAACACUAAAAACAGUGAUAGCACAUCAACUGGGGAUACUGAAGUGUCUCGACAGUCCAGUGAUGUUACUGAAGAACAACAAAAUGAAUAUUUUAAGGGAAAAAAUGAACUUUUAGGUAAUGCCACUCAAUGUUUGGUUGUAGAAGAUAAAUGCCAAGCUGUUAAUUAUUCACCGUCAAAAAUAUUGUCUGCAGAGAUGAUAAAGUUCCCUACUCAGUGCCUUCCAUUGACCACUGUUAGCCAUCAGCAAGAUUCCUGUGAUAAUUGCUGUCCUGUUUCUUCUCCUGUUUGCCAGAAAUUCCCACAAGAAUCUUAUAAUUCGUUGAAUCAGAAUAUCAUAGACAUCAAAGAUGAUACCACAUGUCAUGUGGGCACCAAUUUUCAAUGCGUAAAUAAUUUAAGCUUAGAAGACCAAACAAAAGUUUUUGUGAAUGAAGGGCAAAUUCAGGAGCCACCAUUGAAAAAAUCAAAGCUUGAACCUGCCUCUUCAUCUGAUGUUAAGAAGCAUAUUAGAGCUGGGCGGAAACUGAAUAAAGUUCAAUUGAUGUUUGAACAGCAACCUAAUGGUGGAAAAACAAAUGAUAAUAUUCCUUCUACUCAGAAGGAUGGGGUAUUUAAGUCUUCUAAACAAACAGACACAACUGCAAAAACAGAUCUGGUUGCAAAUUUACAACAAAGCAUUCCUGAAAGGCAUGCAAAAUACAAAAAUGUUGGUGAAGCUAAGGAUGCUCAAGAAGAGAGGGAGUGCUCACAAGCAGCAUCUGAGUUCAAUUCAAUUGCUUCAAGCAAAUACCCUCCCUUGCAUAGGCAGGAAGAAAAUCAGGUCAAGUUAAAAGCUCCAAGGAUGACAUGUUUUGCUGAUAGUUCAUUCACGACAAAAUUAGUGAGGUCAAAACUCAAAGGCAUUUCUUUGACAGAAUUUUUCACUCCUGAGCAAAUUAGGGAUCAUGUUGCAGGACUGCGACAGUCGAUUUUUCAGGAUAAAGGAAACACUGAAUAUAACCAAUUUAUGGAGCAUCAAGUAGAUGAAAAUGCAUGCCAGCUGUGCACAGCUGGGGAGCUUAAGUUCCAACCACCUCCCAUUUAUUGCACAUCUUGUGGUGCACGAAUAAAGCGCAAUGCAAUGUAUUAUACUGCUGGUGUUGGUGUUACAAGAAAUUAUUUCUGUGUGGCAUGUUUUGAUAAGAUGCAAGAUUGUGCAAUUGGGUUGGAUGGGGUGACAUACCUCAAAUCAAAGCUAGACAAGAGGAAAAAUAGUGAAGAAAUUGAAGAAGGGUGGGUACAAUGUUGUAAAUGCAAAAUACGACAGCAUCAGAUAUGUGCCCUUUUCAAUGCUAGAAGGAUUGAAAAUGACCAUGCAGAUUACAUUUGUCCAAAUUGUUAUAUAAAAGAGAUUGAGAGAGGUGAACGGAAGCCUUUACUGCAAAGUGCCGUUCUUAGUGCAAGGGAUCUACCUAAAACAUACUUGAGUAAUCACAUUGAGAAAAGACUUUCUCGAUGCUUAAAGCAGGAGAGAAAAGAAAGGGCAACAUCAAUGGGGAAGAGCUAUGAGGAGGUUCCAGGAGCAGAUGCUCUUGUCGUAAGAGUAGUGUCAUCUGUUGACAAGAAAGUAGAAGUAAAGCAAAAUUUUCUCGAGAUUGUUCGUGAUGAAGGCUACCCCAGUGAAUUUCCAUACAAAUCAAAGGUUCUUCUUCUAUUUCAGAAAAUAAAUGGUGUAGAUGUUUGCCUCUUCAGCGUGUACGUUCAGGAAUUUGGUUCAGAAUGUUCUCAUCCAAACCAGCGACGCAUUUCCCUCUCUUAUUUGGAUUCUGUGAAGUAUUUCAGACCAGAUGUGAAAGCAGUGACUGGAGAAUCCCUUCGCACUUUUGUAUACCAUGAAAUUUUGAUUGGAUAUUUGGACUAUUGUAAAAGAAGAGGUUUCACAAGUUGUUACAUAUGGGCAUGCCCUCCUAUAAAAGGAGAAGAUUAUAUUCUCUAUUGCCACCCUCCGAUACAAAAGACUCCCAAGUGUGAUAAGCUCCGUGAAUGGUACCUUAAAAUGCUAUCUAAGGCGACUGAAGAGAACAUCGUGUUGGAUGUCACAAACUUCUAUGAUUACUUUUUCACAUCUGCUGAUGAGUGCAAAGCCAGGGUUACAAUCACUCGUCUACCUUACUUUGAUGGAGACUACUGGCCUGGUGCUAUCGAGGAUAUGAUUUUUCAGCUCGAGGUUGGUGAUGAGAAUUUUAGGAAGCAACAAAAGAAAUCAAAAUCCAAAAGAAACACAACAGAUUGGAUCUCUCAUGGUGCUCCACAAACUGGAUUGCCAGACAGUUUCCCAAAGGAUACUCUACUAAUGCAGAAACUACAGGAAUCUGCCUUAGCAAUGAAAGAUGAUUUCAUUAUGGUUCAUAUGCAUCAUUCAUGCAGUCAUUGUCGCCUGUUCAUCUUGUCAGGAAAACGAUGGGUUUGCAACCAGUGUGUUGAUUUCCAGAUCUGUGACAAAUGCUAUGAGACAGAGGAAAAGCUUGAUAGAUGGGAUAGGCAUCCCACAAAUAGUAAGGAAAAGCAUGUUCUUGUUCCUAAUGAUGUCACAGAUAUUCCAACAGACACUGAGGAUAAAGACGAGAUUAUGGAAAGUGAAUUCUUUGACACUCGCCAGGCUUUCCUAAGUCUCUGCCAAGGAAAUCAUUACCAGUAUGAUACACUCCGCAGGGCUAAACAUUCUUCUAUGAUGAUUCUUUAUCAUCUUCACAAUCCAGCAGCACCUGCUUUUGCAAGUACAUGUAAUGUAUGUGAAAGAGACAUUGAAACAGGACAGGGAUGGCGUUGUGACACUUGUGUUGAUUUUGACAUAUGCCGUAGUUGUUAUCACAAUGAUAAGUUCCUUGGCCAUCCUCAUAAGCUGAUAGCCCAUCCAUCUAUAAUUGAAUACAAUGCACAAAAUCGAGAAGCUCGGCAACAAAGGAUUGUGCAGCUAAGGAAGAUGUUGGACCUUAUGGUACAUGCUUCUCGGUGUUAUUCUUCUCAGUGCCAAUAUCCGAAUUGCCGGAAAGUAAAAGGGCUCUUUCGUCAUGGCACACAGUGUAAAAUUCGUGCUUCUGGAGGCUGUCCCCAUUGUAAGAAAAUGUGGUAUCUGAUACAGUUACAUGGACGGGCAUGCAAGGAAUCCAAAUGCCGUGUUCCUCAUUGCAAAGAUUUGAAAGAACAUUUUCGAAGGUUGCAACAACAAAUGGAAUCUCGGCGUAGAGCUGCAGUUAUGGAGAUGAUGAGACAACGUGCUGAAGAUGCUUCCAGCAAAUGUAGUUGACUGAAUGUACAAACAUUUGCCUUUUUAGAAGUAAAAUCCACUCACGGUUGACAGUGCCAGUUUGAAUAGUUUCACUACACAGUUGGAAUGUUUAUAAUAUGUAUGUGGGUAAGAUACACGCAUGCCACACCUGGCAAUAUGUACAAAUAAUAUAUUUGAGCUUAUGUCAAGGACUGUUGAUUAACAGCCUUAACAAUUUUGAGAAGAUUUCAAUUCUUUGAUUUUUCUUC